GCGGCUUGCACAAGGCGACUCUGCCGCCGGGGAAAGCAGCGGCGAAGGCGGGGCACGGCCGUCCAGAGCAGGUGGCCACAGCAGGAGAGCCGGAUCAGGACCAAAGACCACCGACCACAGGCAGUAUGAUUCCAGUUGCUGAAUUCAAGCAUUUCACAGACCAGCAGCCUGCUUUCAAAGUUCUCAAGCCUUGGUGGGAUGUGUUAGCUGAGUACAUCACAAUAGUCAUGCUGAUGAUAGGCGUUUUUGGCUGCACUCUGCAAGUGAUACAUGACAAGAUUAUCUGCCUUCCCAAUCAUGUUCCCAGUGGCACAGCUUUUACUGAUUUAACUUGUGAAGAUUUCACCAAGAAGACAAUCAAUAACUCUGAACCAAUCAAGUCUUCUGUCCACCAGGAAAUGAGUGGAUUACGGAACAACCUAGACCUUCAACAGUACAGCUACAUCAAUCAGAUGUGCUAUGAGACAGCCCUUCAUUGGUAUGCUAAGUACUUUCCUUACCUUGUUGUUAUCCAUACACUGAUGUUCAUGGUGUGUGCCUCUUUCUGGUUCAAAUUUCCUGGUACCAGUUCCAAGAUUGAACAUUUUAUCUCCAUUAUGAGCAAAUGCUUUGACUCACCUUGGACUACUCGAACCAUCUCAGAAGUUUCUGAAGAGGGGAACACAAGCUCAGGAAAGGUGAAUCAGAUUAGGAAAAGUAAUGUUCCCAGUGAACUCAUUGAGCUUUCUCCUACAGGAGGCUCUGUUACAGGAAAGAAAGUUUUAGAGUCCCCUUCCAGUAGCAUGUUGGGAAAAAAGGAAGGCGAGGAAGCUAAGGCUUUGUUUGAAAAGGUGAAAAAGUUCCGACUCCAUGUCGAAAAAGGAGACAUCCUUUACACAAUGUACAUCCGCCAAACUAUUCUCAAAGUUUGCAAAUUUCUAGUUAUUAUUGUCUACAAUGCAGUCCUGGUUCACAAUAUUAAGUUCAUCGUGCCCUGUAGUGUUAAAAUGGAGGAUAUGACAGGCUAUGACCAUUUCUGUUGCAAUCAUACCAAAGCCUGUCUCUUCUUUAAGCUGGCUAUGUGCUACCUUUGUUUCCUCGGUGUGUAUGGUAUGACCUGCCUCUAUACUCUUUAUUGGCUCUUUCACCGGCCACUUAAAGAGUACUCAUUUCGCUUUGCUCGUGAGGAUACUGGCAUCAAGGACAUCCCUGAUGUUAAAAAUGAUUUUGCUUUCAUGCUCCAUCUCAUAGACCAGUAUGAUUCCCUUUACUCCAAGCGCUUUGCUGUAUUCCUCUCUGAGGACAGUGAGUUCAAACUUAAACAGCUCAACCUCAAUCAUGAGUGGACACGUGAUAAGUUGCAGCAGAAACUGCAGACAAACCCUAGUGGGCGCCUAGAACUCCAUCUCUUCAUGUUGCCUGGGUUGCCCGACACUACUUUUGAGAUGAUUGAGUUGGAAGCUCUAAAACUGGAAUUGCUCCAAGAUGUUACUUUCCCGGUCUCAGUAACUCAACUGAUCAAUCUCCAAGAGCUAGUGCUGAUCAACUGUCCUGCUAUGCUGUCCUUUACCUCCCUUAAGUUCUUCCGUGAACAGCUGAAGGUGAUGAUGGUAAAUUUUGAUGACAUCAAAGAUAUACCUGUGUGGAUCUACAACUUGAGAGGUUUGGAAGAGUUGUACAUUUCAGGAUUUUUCAACCAGGAGAUGGGCAGGACAGGAACUCUAGAAAGCUUGCGUGAGCUAAAGAACCUAAAGGUUUUGACACUCCACAGCAACUUCUCAAAACUGCCACCCAGUGUGGCUGAUCUGGCCACUCACCUGCAAAAACUCAGGAUACAUAAUGAUGGGACUAAGUUGGUAGCCCUAAACAAUCUCAAGAAGCUUUUCUCACUGCAGGAGCUAAAACUGAUAAACUGUAACCUGGAACGGAUCCCCCAUGCUAUCUUUAGCCUUGUGAACUUGCAAGAGCUGGACUUGAAGAAUAAUAAGUUGAUUUCUAUUGAGGAAGUCAUUAGUUUCCAGCAUUGCCGAAAGCUGAUAUGUCUCAAACUUUGGCACAACCAGAUUUUCACCAUCCCAGAACAUAUCCGCAAACUCAAGGCCUUGGAGCAACUUGACCUCAGCCAUAAUUACAUUGAAGCUCUCCCUUCUCAACUCUUCAUGUGCACUAGGCUACAUUAUUUGGAUCUUUCCUACAAUAAAAUUCAGGUCAUCCCUUCUGGGAUGGGAGUUUUACAAAGCCUUCAAUAUUUUGCUGUUUCACACAAUUGCUUGGAGACGUUGCCUAAUGAAAUUUACUUCUGCAGGAAACUCAAAGUUCUCAAAGCAGAACACAACAAACUACGGCGCAUCUCAGAUCGCAUAAGCUGGCUUCCUUUGCUGUCCAGGAUAGAGCUGAAAGGAAACCAACUUGACGCCCUACCCUUGGAGAUUGGUCAAUGCAAACUCCUCAAGCGUAGUGGUCUGGUGGUGGAGAGCAAUCUUUAUGAGACAUUGCCUUUAGAAGUAAGGGUAAAAAUGGAGGACGAAUGACCGAUGUGAACAGCAGCAAGGACAGUUAAUUUCUCAAGUGCUGACUGUGUAGGCAUAGAACCAGAACACAUAAGAGUCUGGCUCUAUUCAUCCCAGAUACUCUCCCAGUAAGUUCCAAUGUUUUUUCCAUGUCACCAUGGAAUGGACGUGAUAAGUCUUAGUCUAGCAAAUCUGUAUCUCAGGAUGAAAUCAGGAAGGAGCUGACAGCUUUAACCCUACAAAGAGGUGAAGGGUUUUCUUCUCAGCAAAAAGAAGUUGAAAGUGACAUUUUGGUUUUGCUUAGUUUUUGUUUUUCUGAAAAAAACCUAUUUUCAAAACAGUUAAAUAGGAUAAAUAAUUUAUAAGAAAAAAGGCUGUACCAGAUAAGAAUGAAUUCUUGUAUUUAAUUUUUUUGUGUCUAUAUAUGUACAUAUUUUUGAACUGCUCUGAAGCUUUGCUAGAUACUCUUCUUCAAGUGGAUUAAUUUUUCCACUCUUAAGCUGCGGCUUCUUCUUGACAUGUUUGGAGACAUUGACUACUUUUAUCAAACAUGAUUCUGGGUGAUGUUUUGCCUAUUUAUUGCAAUAGGUGAGAAUUAGUCAGGGACUAGGAAUCUUGCAUAAUUAUCAAAAUAACCUCGCUGUCUUUAUUCUGUUUUUUGUUAGAAGAAUUGUGUUCUGAAAUGUUGAAGAGCCAAACCACAAAGCAUUUGUUUUGAUCAAUAAGGAUUCAUCAUAUGAUGCAACUUCUAAUUUUUCUGUCGGAUUGGCCUAAAUCUUAGGCAAUGUUCUGCCAAUGUGAGCAUCUCCUCAGUGCAGUUACUGUCAUGGAGGAUGUCCAUGUGCUUGGCAGAUUGAAGUACCUUCCAUGCAAAGCAAGUUCUGGGAAAUAUUGGGGCAGUUCCCCUAACUUUUUCCUCAGUCUAUCAGAUGACAAAUUAGGAGAUAUAUAGUGUAACUCUUACAUCUAAUUAAUGAGACUGUCUUCCUUUAGAUGAAUACCCAUUCCAGGAUUCUUAAAGGAAGACUCAGCUUUCUCAGCUUCUGCCUAUAGAAUGAAAAUCAUAAUUGUUGUCAUGCAACAAAGACCUUCAAAAAAGACUCUUGAGCAAGCUGUUGCAGUCAUGAGAUU